AUGCGCUACUCCCUUACUCUCAUCGCCUUUGCCGUCACGGCCCUCGCCCUCCCCACCGCCAAGCCCGCCGACGACGGCUCAUGGGCUCCGGGCAAAUACGAGGGCCCCGGCACCCCCUACGAUGACGGCAAGUGGUACCCUGGCAAAUAUCCCGGCGCCAAGGAGAAGCGCGCCGACGACGGAUCCUGGGCGCCCGGAAAGUACGAGGGCGCCGGUACACCUUACGACGACGGCAAGUGGUAUCCCGGCAAAUACCCUGGCGCCAAGGAGAAGCGGGCCGAUGAUGGCAAAUGGGCUCCGGGCAAGUACGAGGGUGCCGGUACCCCCUAUGACGAUGGAAAGUGGUACCCUGGAAAGUAUCCCGGUGCCAAGGCAAAGCGUGCCGACGAUGGCAAGUGGGCUCCGGGCAAGUACGAAGGCCCUGGCACUCCCUACGAUGACGGCAAGUGGUACCCUGGAAACAUUGCUGCUAUUCUGGGGACGAAUCUGUCUCGCACUCGAAUGCAUGGAAUCGAGUCGUCACGAUGCACCGACCACUGUGGGGACGAUAACUUGGCUUGGCUCACUCCCAUCCCAAUACCCGUCAUGUUAAGCCGGACGGCAGAGUUCACACUCGUGCCACUCGUCAAAAACGCUCAGCGUCCCCAAAGGCAGAGUCAGCAGAAAACUCGAGACGAAAGCGGUGCCAAAGGCUUCAAUAUUAGCGGGGUCAAUGUCAGGAUGCUUGGGCACAAUCUUCCAGUAGCCCUUCGAGAAGCCAGCCUGCAGGUAGUCGGCUCGGAGACUCUCAACGCUGGAGGGCCCGCGGAGGCGUUCGCCAAGGGCGAAGAGAUGGUGGACUGUCAUGACGCUACACUGGAUUUAGCCCUGAACGAGCCAGACGACGUCGCUGACAAUCGUGAGAGCGACACAAGUGUCUUCGUUGCCCUCGAGGAAGAGACCCUUUCUCGUCGCCAAGGGACCGUCAACAAUCUCCCGAGCGGGGUCUGGAUAAAGAUCAGCAGAUGA